AGCGUCCGACGUUGGCGCUCACGAGCCGGACCCUGAAGGCAGCACGACAUCUGCCGAUUGCGCUCACAGCAUCUCCAGCCACUGUUAGUGAACGACAAUGAGCGGGAGCCCGAAAACUCGCUGUGUGAGUUCAGGCGUGUCUCAGAAGGGGGAGAGUUCAACCGGGUGAUAUUUUUCAGAACUUUCACUGGUUAUGGCAGCUUUUGGUGGAGCCACGCCGCGAAGCUGAAGGACCAACCCAGCUGCCGCCCACCAGUGAACUCUGACCCCCAGGUGCCAUCUGACUCAGGGAUACGAUGGGGCUCCUUUUCUUUCACCACGGCCCACUCUUCUUCGUCUUCUUUUUCCUCCUCCUCCUGUGCCACCCUUGCAUGUCCAUCAGGCCUCAAGUCCUGGAGCGAGCGUCUACGCCUGAACAAUCUCAGUCCUCUGACAACUCCACAGAGUCUGAAAAGAGGAAAUGCGCAGGUGUCGUGGUGUGUAAACCCGGCAUUCUGCUGCCAGUCUGGGAGCCUCUCAACCCUCCAGUUGGGGAACAAGCAGGGAGGGCGAUUGUGUACUUCCUCUCUCUCAUGUAUAUAUUCCUUGGUGUAUCCGUCAUUGCAGACCGUUUUAUGGCAUCCAUAGAAGUCAUUACAUCUCAGGAGAAGGAGGUGACCAUUACCAAACCUGAUGGGGAAACCACGGUGAAAACCGUGCGGGUCUGGAAUGAAACCGUGUCCAACCUGACACUCAUGGCCCUGGGCUCCUCCGCACCAGAGAUCCUGCUCUCUGUUAUUGAGGUGUGUGGACACAACUUCAAUGCUGGGGAGCUCGGCCCAGGCACCAUAGUCGGCAGUGCGGCCUUUAACGUGCUUGUGAUAAUUGGUCUGUGUGUGUCAGUAAUUCCAGAUGGACAGUCUCGCAAGAUCAAACACCUGCGAGUGUUUUUUAUCACAGCUUUCUGGAGCAUCUUUGCAUACAUUUGGCUCUACCUCAUUCUGGCCGUCAUCUCUCCAGGGAUUGUUGAGGUUUGGGAAGCUGUAGUAACACUGCUGUAUUUUCCCGUCUGUGUGAUGUUGGCUUGGAUCGCUGACCGCCGCCUAUUCUUUUACAAAUACAUGCAUAAGAGAUACCGUGCCGACAAGAGGCAUGGGAUUGUAGUGGAAAUGGAGGGGGACGAUUCCCCCAAUGGCAUUGAUGUUAUGGACGGAAAGCUGUCAGACGGCAAUCCAGGCCCUGGAAACUCCUCUGGUGUGACGGUGUCUGUGCAGACAGGCAGUGAGCUGGACCAGAACAAAGAUGAGGUAGUCCGCAUCUUGAAAGAUCUGAAGGAGAAGCAUCCGGAUAAAGACCUGGACGAGCUGAUCGAGAUGGCCAACUACUCUGCCCUGGUCCACCGGAAGAAGAGUCGUGCCUUUUAUCGUGUCCAAGCAACACGGAGGAUGAUCGGUGCUGGAAACAUUUUAAGGAAGCACGCAGCAGAGCAGAAACGGCGCGCGCUGGGACAGGAUGCGGACAAGGCGACAUGCUCACAUAUCUGUUUUGAAAGCGUCCAGUACCAAUGCACAGAGAACUGCGGCUCUGUGACCCUGUGGGUGGUCCUCGAUGGAGGCACAGGCCAAAACACCUUCUAUGUGGACUACUGUACAGAAAACGGAUCUGCCAACGCUGGAACAGACUAUGAGUUUAACAAGGGAACUCUGACAUUCAAACCAGGGGAAACCCGAAAAGAGAUCAAGGUGGGGAUUUUGGAUGAUGACAUCUUUGAAGAGGAUGAACAUUUCUUUGUGCGUCUUCAAAAUCUGAGGUUAGAGGAGGGAGGGAGUGAAGGGACCGGUUCUCCGCCCAAGGCUAGACUGGUGGAACCUCUGCUGGCCACAGUCACUAUACUGGACGAUGACCAUGCUGGGAUCUUUACCUUUGGGCAGCAGGUGCUGCGAGUGAGUGAGAGCACCGGCAUGCUGACGGUGACCGUGUUGAGGAACUCAGGCUCCAGGGGCACAGUGGCUGUGCCGUACCACACUGAGGAUGGUAGUGCCAAGGCUGGAGUGGACUAUGAGGAGGUCAGAGGGGAGGUGGAAUUCACCAAUGAACAGACAAGUCAGACAUUACAGAUAUGCAUUUUAAAUGUGGAAGAGUACGAAAAGCAGGAAAACUUCUUCGUAGUGCUUGAAAACCCCAAGUGGCUAAAGAGAGGAAUUUCUGCUCUACUACUGAACCAGGGCAACCCAACUCCUGAGGAGGAAGAGGCCAGGAGGAUUUCUGAGAUGGGUAAACCUAUUCUAGGAGAGCACAGCAGACUAGAAGUCAUCAUAAAAGAAGCCUGUGAUUUUAAGAAAACUGUGGAUCAUCUCCUCCAAGACACAAAUCUAGCAGAAGUGAUUGGGACUCACUCAUGGAAAGAGCAGUUCAUUGAAGCAGUCACAGUGAGUGCAGGUGAUGAUGAUGAGGGACAGGAGCAAAGAACACCCAACUGCUUCGACUAUUUUAUGCACAUACUUUGCGUUUUCUGGAAAAUUUUAUUUGCUUGUGUCCCGCCCACCGAGUACUGGAACGGCUGGGCGUGCUUCAUUGUGUCCAUCUCUGUCAUCGGCCUCCUAACCGCCAUCAUCGGAGACCUGGCGUCGCAUUUUGGCUGCACUGUUGGCCUCAGAGACUCUGUGACUGCUGUGGUCUUUGUGGCGCUGGGGACUUCACUUCCUGACACUUUUGCCAGUAAAGUGGCUGCCACUCAGGACCAGUAUGCAGACGCGUCUGUGGGGAACGUGACGGGAAGCAAUGCAGUCAAUGUGUUUUUGGGCAUUGGCCUGGCCUGGUCUGUGGCUGCGGUGUACUGGGAGGUGAAAGGGAAGGUCUUCCGCGUCGACCCUGGUUCCCUGGCCUUCUCGGUCACACUCUUCACUAUUUUUGCGUUCUUUAGCAUGGGAGUGCUGAUGCUACGCAGGAGGCCAUCCAUAGGAGGCGAACUCGGAGGUCCAAAGAUUCCCAAGGUCCUCACCUCGCUGCUCUUCUUCGGACUCUGGUUCCUGUACAUCCUCUUCUCCAGCCUGGAGGCCUAUUGCCAUAUACAAGGAUUCUGAAAGAGUCAUAAGGUCACACUUACAGACACAGAACUGUGACAGUAACUACCAAUAGGAAUCCAUCACCCUCACUGUUUGACUCCUGCUGCCAUGGUUCAAAACAUAUACACAACGUGUGACUAUUCUAGUCAGUAGGACUGUUUGUCACAAUACAAAUUCAUUUCUUUUAAAUAUAUUAGAUUAUAGUUAAUUGUAUUAUGCAUAAAGGGUCUAGACAGACCAAUAUUUCUGAUCAUUAAAAUAAUGCUGAUAGUUCAAAUCCAGACUUAAAGCUGGGGAUUGUCUCACUCACACAUACGAAGCCAAGGACACUGGUAAAAUGUGGUUUGCACAAAGCCAUGGAGUACCAAAACUGACAUAAGAAAUAAAAGCAUAAAUAUAUAUUUAGUUUUUCCUUGUCCUUACACGAGUUUCCGUCAAGAAAUGUAUAUAUUUAUAUUUCCACUAAACGUGUUUUGUCGAGAAAAGUAGAUAUUUUGUUUUGUCUAUUCCUUAUACAAGCCCUCCUUCUUUUGUCAUUGCCUCCUCUCCGUUUUCUGUUCAUCCUCUUUCUACUAGAUUGUCUACUUUUUGUAAACAGUGAUUAUAUAAAAGAAACAGUCGUAGCUAAUGAUAAUCAAAAGGAAACGGCUUGUUUAAAAGUACAAGGCUUUUGCCAAAAGAAUACAUCUAAUUUGAUCCAUGAUGGGAAUCGAAUUGCGACUGAUGGCUGCAGAACUCCAUCAGAAUGUUUCAAAACAUUCUGUGGGAAAAUAGCUGAGAACAGACACAUCACAGGAAAACUGAGUUUGUACUAACCAUUAAACUCACAUUCAUUUCAGGCAGAUGGCAGCAUUAUGGACUGUCUGGAACUCUGAACGGAUCCUUUACACAACAUGCAUUUCACUGGAUUAAAUCAGGGGUAUGACAAGACACUAUGGAGCUGCUCACAACCAUUAAUAAGCUACUUGGUUCAUACAUGCAUCUGUAUUUCAUGUCACAGUGAGGGUGGGAACACAUGUAUCUGUAGAAAUGGUAAAAAGAAAAUACACCCUCUAAAGUCUGUGGCUUUCCACUCCAAAAACACUGGACAAUUCAGUGUUGUUUUUAUAUUCACUUUAUUCACUACACAUUGCAUCAAUUAUACAUUAAAAGCCUAUAAAUGAUGGAGGGUGUACUUUUUUAAUUAUGAUUGUAAACUCAGACAUUUACAUUCACUCAUCAUGCAUGUCAUAUUAAUAUUGAGCUUUAAAGUAUGUAUUUGAACUAUUUUUUUUUCAAGGGUGAACUAAAAUUGCAAAAAAAUAUAUAUAUAAACAAUAUAAAAAGCCUGGGUGCCCAAGUUUUAAUUGAUUGUGGAUUUUUCUUAAACCAUACAGGUCAUGAAUAUGAAUACAAGCUCAGAUAUAUAUAUAUACACCCUAAGUAAUAUAUGGAUGAAUGUCCCAGUCUUGGUGUCCCUCAGCCUAUAAUUCCUGAAUAAUUUCCUUCAUCUGACGCUAAGAGUUUGACCGGCCAUUGGCUCAACCAUACAAGAAAAAAAUGUCCAGAAUUUUUAAAAGCUGGGUGAAACAAGGAAAAACCAAUACAUGUAGAAGAAUUCUACCAAUUCUGGUUUUAAGGAUUGUAAAAUGGAUGGUGCUUCAUUAAGUUGAAGCACAGAAUAAUGACGCUUAUGAUUUCUACAUGUAAAAGUCUGACUGUCACUACAUAUCCACUGAUCUAUUGU